AUGGUUUCUUCGAUUAAAAAAAAGAAACAUUAAAAUAUAAUCAAAUUAAGCAUACGAAACAAGAAUUGUUGAUAUAAAAACCAGCAAACAUCAAGAUGUCAAAAGAUAAUCCGGUAGUCACCCAUUUUGUUCAAGGACUUAAGUCCAGAACACAUCAAAAUAAAACUGCUCAAGAACUUUUAGUUUUUGUGAAAACUGAACUAAGAGAAAUGUCGCAGGAAGAGCUUCUUGCUUUUCUUGAUGAAUUUAAUCAUCAUAUUUUCGAUAUGAUCUCAAGUGCAGAUAACAGUGAAAAGAAAGGAGGAGUUUUAGCGAUAAAAUGUCUCGUGAGUGGGGAUGUUGUCAAUACAACCACAAGCAUUUCACGAUAUCUGAACACUCUUCGUGUUUUGUUUCCAUCUAACGAUAUUGGAGUCAUGGAGUUAGCAGCAAGAACUCUCGUAAAGUUGGGUCAACUUCCGGGUUCUAAAGGAGUUGAAAGCUUUGAAUAUGACAUCAAACAAGCAUUUGAGUUUAUUUCUGAUGAAAGAAAUGAGGGAAAACGUCACGCAGCUGUCAUCAUCUUACGUGAACUUGCUGCAGCCAAUCCAACGUUUUUCUACCAACAAGUGUCAAGCUUUUUCGAUCACAUUUUCACAGCUAUUCGUGACACAAAACCAAUGAUUCGUGAAGGUGCUGGUCAAGCACUUCGAGCAGCUUUGGUAGUCACAUCGCAACGAGAAAAUGUAAAGUCAGGUGCAAAGCCAACAUGGUACAAACAAUGUUUCGAUGAAGCAAUGUUUUGUUUCGGAGAAAUUCCAAGUAAAGAAAAAGGUGUGUCAAAGGAAGAUCGCGUUCAUGGCGCUCUCAUUGUUUUAAAUGAAGUGUUGAGAUGUUCAAAUGCUAUUUGGGAAAGGAAGUAUACAUCAUUGAAGCGUCUUCAUCCAGAACAGCCUCGCUUUCAUCAUGAUGAAUCUUCAAAUAUUUUUCCUCGUUUUAAGACGUCGUUCACAGAUAAAUUUGGCGGUGGAUCUUCAAGUGGAAAUACUUCGCAAUUCUUAUCUCCGUCAUCAUAUCCAUAUAAUUAUCCAUACGAUUAUGACACAGAUUCGAAAUUCUCACGACAAUCGUUAUCGAUUAAUGAGUCCGCAACAUGUCGUCAGAUAAUAAUCGAUAAUUACGAUGAAAUUUGCUUAAAAGUUUUGGAACAACGUCACAUAAAGACAUCAUAUGUCCAACAAUCUCUUUUAAAUAUUCUACCUCGUUUAGCAGCUUUCAAUCGUGAAGAGUUUGUUAAGAAACAUUUAAAAGUUAUUGUUGAGUUUUUAUUGUACACAUUGAAGAAUCGAGAGAAGGACAGAAACAUUGCAUUUGUUACACUUGGAUUCAUUGCUGUUGCUGUUGAGAAAAGUAUUCAACAAGAACGAUACAUCGAUAAAAUUAUGGAAGUUGUGAAAGCUUCAUUACCACAAAAAGAUGUUCCAUCAAAGAAGAAAACCGUCAUGGAUCCGUCUGUGUUCAUGUGUAUCACUUUACUAGGACAUGCAGUUAAAAAUGGAAUUUCCAAAGAUGUCAAAGACAUUCUCGAGCCAAUGUUUUCAACAGGAUUAACUCCGGGACUUACAAUUUGUUUGCGAGAAUUAGCUGAAAAUAUUCCCAACAUAAAACGAGAAGUUUCAGAUUUGUUAUUGAAAAUGUUGUCGCAAGUUUUGCUGAGUAAACCACAAACUCAAGUUGGAACACCAAAACAUAAUAUCACAGCUCAACUCGCUGCAUUAACAGUGACAUCCGAUUCACAACAACAGCCUGACAUUGCGACAAUCGUUUUAGCAUUGCGAACACUUGGAACGUUUCAUUUCGAAGGUCACAGUUUGUUGCCAUUUGUUCAACGUUGUGCUGAUCAUUUUCUUAUUAAUGAACAACAAGAGAUAAGAAUUGAAGCUGUUCAAACAUGCAGCAGUUUAUUGAAAGUAUCAAUUCAGCAAUCAUCGGAAGGUUCUGGAAUCUCUGAAACAUUAAAGGAGACAAUUUGUCAUGUCUUGGAGAAACUUUUGAUUGUUGGUGUGACGGAUGUUGAUGCGAAUGUUCGAUUGCGAGUUUUGAAAUCUUUAGAUGAGACAUUUGACGCUCAACUUGCUCAACCGUGGUUUCUUUCAUCACUGCUUGUGACAUUAAAUGAUGAAGUGUUUGAGAUCAGAGAACUAGCCAUCAUCACUAUUGGACGAUUGUCAGCUAUGAAUCCAGCUUAUGUCAUGCCGAGUUUAAGAAAAACUCUUGUUCAACUUCUAACAGAGCUCGAACAUUCAGGAAUGAGUCGAAAUAAAGAACAAAGUGCACGAAUGUUGGAUCAUUUGAUUGUUAACACACCGAGAUUGAUUUCAGCAUAUAUGCGACCGAUUUUAACAAUUCUUGUGCCAAAAUUGAGGGAAUCUGAAUCAAAUCCUGGUGUGAUGUUGAACAUUCUCCGUGCAAUUGGAGACUUGGCUGAAGUUAAUGGCGGAUCAAAUGUUAUGGAAUUUUACGCUGAAGAUUUAUUGACAAUCUUGCUUGACAUGUUGACAGAUGCCGGCGCACCACAUAAACGUGGCGUUGCUUUAUGGACGUUGGGGCAACUUGUAAGUGCAACAGGGCAAGUUGUGACGCCUUAUCACACUUAUCCCAAUCUCAUCGACAUUCUCAUCAACUUUCUUAAGACCGAAACUGAUAUUCUCGUUCGUCGGGAGACGAUUCGCGUUCUUGGACUUUUGGGUGCUUUGGAUCCAUAUAAACAUAAAAUAAAUCGCGGACUUAUCGAUAGUCAAAGUGACAAUAUUUUAAUAUCAAUUUCUGAUAUAAAAGUUGAUGAGUAUAACGACUUAUCAACAGCUGAGAUGCUUGUUAACAUGGGAAAUCUUCUUGAAGAAUAUUAUCCGGCUGUUGCAAUAUCAACUUUAAUGAAAAUACUUCGAGAUCCAAAUCUUGCACAACAUCACACGAGUGUCGUUCAAGCUGUGACGUUCAUCUUUAAAAGUUUGGGAAUUAAAUGUGUUCCAUAUUUGUCGCAAGUUUUACCAAGUCUUCUAAAUAACAUUCGAAAUUCUGAUCUUAAUAAACGUGAGUUUCUAUUUCAACAGUUGUCUAUAUUAAUUGAAAUUGUCAAGCAACACAUCAUCAGUUACAUGAGUGACAUAUUCAAAUUGGUGAAAGAUUUUUGGGUACCAUCAAGUGAAUCAUCACAAAUCACUUUAAUAAAUCUUGUCGAGAAGAUUGCAAUAGCUUUGGGAUGUGAAUUUAAAGUUUAUUUAUCACAAUUGAUGCCACAAAUUCUUCGUGUUUUGUCACAUGACAAUUCAAAAAAUCGAACAGUGACGCUGAAACUUUUAAAUGCUUUACAGAAGUUUGGCGAUAAUUUGGACGAAUAUUUGCAUUUGAUUAUUCCGCCGAUUGUGAAACUUUUCGAGCCGAUUGAUGUUCCACAAAAUGUUUGUACUGCUGCACUUGACACAAUUAAUUAUUUGGCAGAAAUUCUCGACUUUACCGAUUUCUCAUCGAGAAUUCUCCAUCCACUCGUGAGAGUUCUUGACAAUUAUCCGGAAAUGCGACAAACAGCAUUAGCAACACUUUGCUCGAUGGUCAUUCAACUUGGAAAGAAUUAUUUGAUCUUCGUUCCAUUGGUGAAUAAAGUUUUAUUCAAGCACAAGAUAAAUUGCAAUGAAUACACAAAACUUCUGACGAAACUUCAAAGCAACACAACUUUGGCGCUUGACGAUGAGUUUCGAAUAAGACAAGCAAGAUUUAAGCAUCGUGAAGUGUCAAAUGUUGCAAGUGCUGACUCAAAUACAAUAAGAAAGUUGACAGUUCAAGAAAGCGAUUUACAAAUUCUUUGGCAGUCAAUAAGACGAGUAUCGAAAGAUGAUUGGAUUGAAUGGCUGAAAACACUCAGCAUUGGAUUAUUGAAAGAGUCACAAUCACCAGCACUUCGUGCAUGUAAGCCACUUGCACAAAACUAUCCAAAACUCCUACGUGACUUAUUCAAUGCUGCGUUCAUCUCAUGUUGGACUGAAUUAAGCAAUGAAAAGAAAAUUCAAUUAGCAGCAAGUUUAAAGCAAGCAUUGAUGGUUCCUGAUCUACCAGAAAUCACACAAACAAUUCUCAACUUGGCUGAAUUUAUGGAACAUUGUGACAGUCAACAUUUGCCAAUUGAACCCGAACUUUUAGGUGAACGUGCGAUGGAAAGUCGUGCUUAUGCGAAAGCCCUUCAUUACAAAGAAGCAGAGUUUCGUCAAGAAAAAAGCCAUCAAGUUAUUGAAGCAUUGAUUCAUAUCAACAACAAACUUCAACAAAAAGAAGCAGCUGAAGGGUUGUUGGGCUACGUGAUGGCACAUCCUGAGCUUGAGAUUCAAGUCAGAUGGUAUGAGAAACUUCAUAACUGGGACAUUGCUUUGGGAUUAUAUGAAGAAAAGUUGAAGAAGUUUGACGAUGAUGUUGACUCGUAUUUGGGUCAAAUGAGAUGCUUAGAAGCGCUUGGUGAAUGGAAUUCAUUGAGUGAUUUAGCAAAUACAAAAUGGGAUGUUUUAGGAAGUGAUGGACAGUCACGUGCUGGAAGAUUAGCGGCAGUUGCUUCAUGGGGACUUCAAGAUUUCGAGAAGAUGGCUGAAUAUGUUAAUUGCAUUCCUGAAGACACACAAGAUGGCUCAUUUUAUCGUGCAGUUCUUUCGAUUCACAAUGGUGACUUUGAAUGUGGACAAAAGUUUAUUGACAACACUCGAGUGCUUCUUGACACAGAACUUACAGCAAUGGCUGGUGAAUCUUAUGAACGUGCUUAUGGUGCGAUGGUUUGUGUUCAAAUGCUUGCAGAACUUGAAGAAGUUAUUCAAUAUAAACUUAUCCCAGAACGACAUGAAAAUAUUAAGAAAAUGUGGUGGAAACGACUUCGUGGUGGGCAAAGACUUGUCGAAGAUUGGCAACGCAUCAUUCAAGUUCAUUCACUUGUCGUCUCACCACAAGAAGAUGUUCAUACAUGGUUAAAAUAUGCUUCAUUAUGCCGUAAAAAUCGUAAACUAAAAUUAUCACAUAAGACACUUGUUAUGUUGUUGGGAUGUGAUCCAUCAGCAAGUCCCGAACUUGAUUUGCCAUACAUUCAACCUGAAGUGACAUUUGCAUACACAAAACAUUUGUGGAUGGAUGGAAAAGAGCAAGACGCAUAUGAUAAAUUAAGUAGAUUUGUUUCAACAUUUAAAGCGAGUGUAACACAAAAGAACGCACAACAAGUGACGCCGAGUUUUGAAGCUAAUAAUCGUCUUCUUGCUAAAUGUUACAUGAAACUUGGAUUAUGGCAAAAUAAACUCCAAGGGUUGAAUGAACAAUCAAUUAAUAGUAUAUUAUCUUAUUACGAAUCUGCAACAAAACACGAUAAAGCUUCAUACAAAGCAUGGCAUUCAUGGGCUUAUGCCAACUUUAGAGUUAUUCAAACACAACGACUUGCAUUUAUGCAAAAAGCUGAUGCUAAUGGGAAUGCAGCAUCAGCUGCCGCUAAUGAAUUGUUGAGGAAAGAACGUGAAAAUCAGUUAGUUCAACAAUAUGCUGUGCCAGCAUUGAAAGGUUUCUUUAGAUCGAUUAAUCUUUCUCAAGGAAAUUCACUUCAAGACACUCUACGUUUAUUGACAUUGUGGUUCGAUUAUGGACAAUCAGCUGACGUAAUCGACGCUUUGACUGAAGGAAUUCGUAUAAUCGAAAUCAACACAUGGCUUCAAGUAAUUCCACAAUUGAUUGCAAGAAUCGACACACCACGAUUAUUUGUUGGUCAACUCAUCAAUAAACUUCUUUCCGACAUCGGAAAAUCGCAUCCACAAGCUCUCGUUUAUCCACUUUCAGUUGCUGCAAAAUCAAAUCAAUCAUCAAGAAAAGCAGCUGCUAACAAAGUUUUAGACUCAAUUCGUGAGCAUUCACCGACACUUGUUGAACAAGCGAAGAUGUGUAGUGAAGAAUUAAUUCGUGUUGCGAUUCUGUGGCAUGAACAGUGGUAUGAAGGUUUGGAAGAAGCUUCACGACUUUAUUUCGGUGAACGUGACAUAAAAGGAAUGUUUGACACUCUUGCACCACUUCAUGCAAUGCUUGAACGUGGACCUCAAACUUUAAAAGAAACUUCAUUUAAUCAAGCUUAUGGACGCGAAUUAUCAGAUGCUUUAGAAUGGUGCAACAAUUACAAACUCACAGCAAAUCCUCGAGACUUGACACAAGCUUGGGAUCUUUAUUAUCACGUUUUUCGUCGAAUUUCUAAGCAAUUGCCACAACUAACAUCGUUAGAGCUUCAAUAUGUCAGUCCAAAAUUGUUGAAGUGUCGUGACUUGGAAUUAGCCGUUCCUGGAAGUUACACACCGGGACAAGAACUUAUAAGAAUUACAAGCAUUCGAACGAAUCUUCAAGUCAUCACAUCAAAGCAACGUCCAAGGAAGCUUUGCGUUCAUGGAUCAAAUGGGAAAGAUUACAUGUUCUUGUUGAAGGGACAUGAAGAUUUAAGACAAGAUGAGCGAGUUAUGCAGUUGUUUGGCUUGGCAAACACUUUGCUACUCAACGAUCCCGACACCUUCCGAAGGAAUUUAACCAUUCAACGUUACGCUGUCAUUCCACUGAGUACGAAUAGUGGCUUGAUCGGUUGGGUUCCAAACACAGACACACUUCACGUUCUCAUUCGCGAUUAUCGUGAGAAGAAGAAAACUUUAAUUAAUAUUGAACAUCGAUUGAUGUUACGAAUGGCGCCUGAUUAUGAAAAAUUAACUUUGAUGCAGAAAGUUGAAGUCUUUGAAUAUGCUUUGGGUUUGACAAGCGGCGAUGAUUUAGCGAAACUUUUAUGGCUUAAAAGUCCAUCAUCGGAAGUUUGGUUUGAGCGUCGUACAAACUACACAAGAUCAUUGGCGACAAUGUCAAUGGUUGGAUAUAUUUUAGGUCUUGGUGAUCGUCAUCCAUCGAAUCUUAUGCUGGAUCGUUUAAGUGGAAAGAUUUUGCAUAUUGAUUUUGGCGAUUGCUUUGAGGUUGCAAUGACACGAGAAAAGUUCCCAGAAAAAAUUCCAUUCCGUCUCACGCGAAUGUUAAUUAAUGCAAUGGAAGUGACAGGAAUUGAAGGAACUUACAGACGAACAUGUGAGAGUGUCAUGAAUGUUUUGAGAAAGAAUAAAGACAGCUUGAUGGCUGUUUUAGAAGCUUUUGUGUAUGAUCCGUUGCUUAAUUGGCGUUUAUUGGAUGCAAAUGAUAAGAACAGACGAUCGAAGGCUGAUGUUGCUGGUGGUGGAAAUAUUGACAGUUUAGGGGAAAGUGCUGAUGAUGCAAUGGAUCUUUUAAGUUUUGCAGGCAAUCAGAAGCCUGUUGCACCAAAAUCAAAUCCAAAUCCCGAAGUCAAUCCUGAUGACAAUGCACAGAAUUACGUUCAUCCAGCUGAAGUCACGAAUAAGAAAGCGAGAUUGAUUAUUGAUCGUGUGAAGCAGAAAUUGACAGGAAACGACUUCAAUACGAAUGAACCUCAUGAUGUUCAAAAACAAGUUGACUUGCUUAUUCAACAGGCUACAAAUAAUGAAAAUUUAUGUCAAAAUUAUAUUGGUUGGUGUCCGUUUUGGUAAACAAUUGUCGCCUUUGCAUUGCAUAUUUAUAGUUUGAACCUAGAAUAGAAAUUUCAUAAUCAUUUGUAAAGUUAAGGAAAUAAAAGAAAACAUUUUUUGCCUUGAAA